AUGCCCAACCAAGUUUCCACUCCGCGCACUACGCGCAAUAGCCGCGGGCUCCGCCAGAGCCCUGAGCCAUCCAGCAAACCCGCUGGAAUCAGCAAGCGUCGCCGCAUCAGCGGCUCACCUACCCCGACCACCAAUGCGCAAUUCCUGGGCCAAUCUUCCCAGCCCGCGCAAGCUCCAGCCCUCCAGCCGAUACAGGAGGAGGAACCCCACGCUGGCACGCCCACGUCGGUCGCCCCUCCCGCAGCCACUCGGCCGCAAGUUUUCCCCCCUCCAAUUGCCCUUCUCCCGGCCGCCCGCCCCGCCGCCAACCACGCCACCACCAACUCUCCUCCUUGGACUCCGGUCCGGCUCCAAAUUCGGUACCGUAACAGGUACAUUGAGAGAACUCCCCCCCCGCCUCCCACACCGAAGUCUCCGGGUUGUGAGACUCGUCGCUUUCGGCAACGCCGAGACAAAGAGGGCGACGAGAAGUUUGCGCGAGAGCUGUACCAGGCGAUCCGCAACGACCAUCAUAUGAGAAGUUGUUGGUGCGGCCUGCCGAUGAUCUACAACUCCCGAGAGGAGGCGGAAGCAGGAUCCGGUCACCUGCGCUUCUACGUUGAAGGCUUCGGCCCAAAGACGCUGCGCGUCAUCCAGAAAAAGGACGACCUUCGUUGGCACUGUAUCUGUGGCAAUUUGGAGUAUCCCGCUGCCUACAAGAAUUUGAUCAACGACAACACUUCGGUCAACGCCAACGGAAAGCGCCCGGCGGAGGAUUCCGAAAUUGAUUUAAUCGCCCAAAAUCAGGGCACAGAUAGCGCCGAGAGCGUCGAACGAGUUCUGCCCGGGCUCGCCGAACCAGUCGUAAACGAAGAGGAGUCACCACUCGCUCAGUCCAUGUGGGCGCAAGCGCGCGACAUCGUCAGCCGUGCUGUCGCUACGAUGGGCGGUUCUGCUUUAAGCAUCCUCGGCAAAAUCCGCCAACAAUUGCGCGGAGAUGCCUACGAAACAAUCGACACUCGUCGCCAAGAUGCCCAGAAUGGCACCAUUAUUGUUAAGAGGGUCAAGCGCCAGGCGCGUGGGCCUCCGACCAAAGAUUCACCCUCCGACCAGGCCAGUGAUGACGACGGGUUUGAGAACCUCAUGUGGACCGAUAAUCCCACCAAGCGCAUUGGUUUGGAGCAAAUCCAGUGCAUCGCUCAGGAAUUUGCAAACCAGCUUAAGUCAAUCGAGACGGGCAACCUUAUUGGCGGCGCUUCCGUUGCUGCUAUACAGCUGCAAAUCCAACCCGGCCAAGAUCUCGGCACCAGCAUCGCGAUCCACAAGUACCAGGAGCAGGAAUACGGACCCAUGAUGCCCGGCGAAUCCGACCGUGCAAAGGCCGAUAAGUUGGUCAAAGCCUUGAAGUCGUAUUCGAAGUGUCUCAAUAUGUCAAUCGACUUCAUGCGGGUGGUCUACGACCCCGCAUUAUUUCACGAACUCAAGGAAAAGCAUAAGACGCUUCCGCGCCGCUUGGAGUUGGGCGGUGUUGAGUUCAGGCAGGGCGCCAAAACGGUUGGCGAGUUUUUAUGCUUCAUUCAAUCGCUCAAGAGCGUAUGCGCCAUGGAACCUGUGCUGCUGGAGGCCAUUUGCAAGAUGAUUGUGGAUGCUAAUGCCAUCCACAAGAAAGAGAUGGUACCCAGCUUUGUCGAAUUGAAGCUCAAUCCGAUCGAGGGAAUGCCGGGCUUCUUUCCCGAGGACAAGAAGUCCAUCUUGGAGGAGUUAUCUGCGGAUGAACUCAACAUCCAACCCUUAUAUGAUUUCAGAUAUCCCUCACCAGAACCGUCUGACAAAGACGAGUCCGAAGACCAACCCGGAGAUUACCGGUUGGUAUCCAAGCCGAAAGGCAUCUUGAAGCCGUCAAGAGAGUGGGUGGAUGCUCCGGCUUCACCAAAAUAUGUUCCGACACCCCAGAAGAAGCGGAAGAUCGCUUUUCACAGUCCUGUAUCCAACUUUACUGCCCCGUCACAUAUACCCGCCAGGGUCAUGACCCCUUACGAGGCCGAGCGUCUCAGAUGUACGAAGCUCCUUGCAGAGGUCCUGGGCGAUGAGCAUUCGAAGAGGCUGUUCGAGGCUGCGCAAACAGUUUCGAGACCAACCAUUGAGGACCAGCUGAACCCCGAGAUUGUCAGAAGGGACGAGAGGGAGAUGGGAUUGGCAUACCAUGCCAGAAAGUAUGGCAGCUUUCUCGAGGAUCUUCAGACCGAUAUGGUGGAGCGCGAGGAAGAAAAAGAAGAGCGAAAGAAGCUGCGGUUUAAGCCUAGCCCAAUAGCAGUGCGCAUACCGCUCCCACCGUUGCCGUCUGAUUCGACGCAACGCAGGCGAAGAGAUCGCACCCCAGAGAGCUCGGACACUGACAGUCCACCCCCCUCACCUUUUGGGGCCAAAAAUCCGUUCCUCACGAGGCCGCCGGAACCCAAACCCAAGAGGAAGACGGAGCCCGUGUAUGCUUCCCUAGAGGAAUUCUUUGCCACGGAUCAAGAGGGAUUGUUACUCUCGCGAGAAAGGAUUGAUCAGGUUGAGAUUUAUCGCCAGAUUCGCGACGAGUUUGAGGCUGGCCUGCGGCGGCAAGUCGAGGAGAAGCGCCAGCGAGAGAUUGAGGAGGAGGAGCGCAGGAAGCAGGAGGAGCGUCGUAAGGAAGAAGAAGCUCGCAGGCGAAAGGAGGCCGAUGAGCUGGCCGUUCUUACCGGACUACGACGCCCGAACCGCUCCUUGAUAACCCGCAUUUCAGAUGAGUGGGAUUCCAAAGUGCGCAAUGCUGCCAACGCGAACCCAUCCACCGAGCUGGUCAAAACCCUAGAGGGCCAGCCGCUUACCCGGCGUGACUUUGAGGAGAAGCUUCUGCCACCGACAGCAUGGCUCAAUGACAAUGUUAUCAUCGGUUCAAUCCUAUAUAUAUCCGAUUAUGUCAACAACGCCAAGGGCGCGAGCAACCAGGAACCGAAAUGCGCCGCCCUCACCUCUUACUUCUGGCCUCGUCUCCUAUCUCACGGCCCCAGCGGCUGUGGCCGUCUUUUGCGCAGGGCUAGCGUGCGCAAGGCGAACUUUUUCGAUCUUGAGUCAAUCUUGAUCCCGAUCUGCGACAAUGCCCAUUGGACACUCGCAGUGAUACGUCCUCAGAAGCGCCAGGUCGCCCACCUCGACUCACUGAGAGCGGGCCGUGGCCACGAUGAUGUCAAGGCCAAGCUCCUUGAGCUGGUUCGCUUCAUACUAGAGGACCAGUUUGUUGAGAGCGAGUGGAGCGCUCUGGAUUUUGAGGCCCCGCGGCAGACGAACGGCUGGGACUGCGGCGUCUUCACAAUCACGAAUGCCAUGUGCAUUGCGCUUGGACUGAAUCCGACGCAAAGCUACACGGAGAACCAGCUGCUGUUGCAAAGGAGGAGGAUAGCGGCUGUGUUGCUGAACGAAGGAUUCAAGGGGGAGUUCAGCCUGGACGGGCUCUGA